AUGAUGUCGAGGAGCCAGUCGAGUCUGGGGUUCCUGGAUGCAGGUCCCCAGGAUCCCUCCGCAGCUGGAGCUUCCCCGUCUCUUGGCCAGCAGUCUUCCUCCGGGCCUAUCAACUUGUCUGGCCUGGUGUGCAAUGUCCGUCGAACCACUGGCAAGGAGCCUCACCCCCUAGUCGGCGCCACCACUACGAUUUUGGGCGAUAAGCUAUACGUCUUUGGAGGCCGGAUCCUCUCGCGCAGUCGCCCGCAGUUGACCUCUGACCUAUACGAACUGGACUUGAUCCGCCGACACUGGACGAAAAUUGAACCGACUGGGGAUAUCCCACCGCCUCGGUACUUCCACAGCGUUUGCGCGCUCGGUGAUAACAAGUUGGUCUGCUAUGGAGGAAUGUCGCCUGCGCCCGGGACGCCCAAGGACCUGUCAAACCCAAAUAGCUCAGAGAAUCAGUCGGAGGUUGUAGUUAUGUCGGAUAUACACAUUUUCGACGUUCCGUCGCGCGCGUGGACGCGAGUUGCGGCACAUGAAUCGCCGCAAGGACGGUAUGCUCAUUGUGCUACGAUUCUUCCGUCCAGCGCUUGCUUUACGUCUGCCAGUGCGCCUCUGUCGGCCAUUCAUCACAACCCUGAAACGGCUGCCCACCAGGGCUCCAUCGGGGUGGAUAUCGAUGGGUUUGGAGGCGCUGAGAUGGUAGUUGUUGGUGGCCAGGACAGCUCAAACCACUACAUUGAGCAAAUUAGCGUUUUCAAUCUGCGGAGCCUUAAGUGGACCAACACCAGCCCGCUCGGACGCAGCUGCGGUGCUUACCGCAGUGUGGUUGCCCCUCUGGUUGGCAUGGACGUUUCAGAGGUCGGCUCGGCCUCGCCAGAUCGGGAUAUGCACGAGCCAGCCGAGCAUUCAGAGGAGGCGGGAUGUCCUAUGCUGAUUUACUCAAACUAUAACUUCCUGGAUGUCAAGUUAGAGCUGCAGGUGCGCCUGCCGGACGGGCGCCUUGUUGAGCGACCGAUGCAGAGCCAUGCCUCUCCACCUGGAUUGCGCUUCCCCAACGGCGGCAUCAUCAAUGGCCACUUUGUUGUCAGUGGCACAUAUCUGACUUCUUCAAAGCAGGAAUAUGCUCUUUGGGCGCUUGAUUUGAAGACCCUGACUUGGGGCCGCAUCGAUGCCGGCGGUUCUGUGUUUGGCCACGGCAGUUGGAAUCGUGGCAUCCUCUGGCCGCGUCGUAGUUCCUUCGUGAUUCUUGGUCAUCGGAAGCGAAGCUUGGUCGACGAUUAUAACCACCGCCGGAUCAACUUCUCGCACGUUUGCGUGGUGGAAUUGGAGGCUUUCGGACUCUACAAUAACCCGUCUCGCACCGCCGCGACAUCGGGAUACAAAUCAUAUAGUUCACCCUCGGUACCCGCAUCAUUACAACAAAAACUUACCCAGCUGACGACGGGUGGACGGCCAUUGUCUGCUGCAGCCGACGAGCUAGGCAAGCUGGUUCUUUCACUGCAGGAAUUGUCCGAUAUGGAGUUGCAGGCUGUUGGCGGAGAAUGCAUCUCGGUUAAUUCCCGCCUGCUGGCCCGGAGAUGGGGCCCCUACUUCAUCCAGCUCUUGCGUGAGUCUUCAGAAGGUGACAUCGUAGAGGGCGCCACUCUUCGUCCCGGUGCAACUCACCCCAGCCGCAACUCAAGUAUUACAAUUACUCCUUCAGUCGGACAAAACAGCACUUAUUCCAACCCGACAACACUGGUGAACCCGGCUGUCCCGUCAAAGGCUCUACUUGAAAACCUUGAGGCGCCCUCUGCACACGGCCUGGCUCCUACUGCUCGUCCUCGCGUGCUCUACCUCCCUCAUACGAUUUUAACCCUUCAGGUGUUGGUCCAAUUUCUCUACACAUCCGCCCUUCCUCCCCCGGGCUCCUCCCUUUGCACGCCGCAGAUUCUUUGCUCCCUGCUCCAGCUCGCACGACCCUACCAAGUCAACGGUCUCUUGGAAGCAACAGUGGAACGACUUCAUCAAGUCCUUGACGGUCGGAACGCCGCUGCUGUUUUCAACGCCGCUGCCAUGGCAGCAGGAGGGGGCCGAGGCACAGGAUUCGGCGGCGGUCUCGGCGGUACAUUGGAAGCCCUGAACGGCGCACACUCCGUGGGCAACGGCUCCAUGCCCAGCGCAUCGGAAGGCACAACCUCCCAACACAGCGUCCUCCUAGCCUCCGACUCCUCCGACACCGAGCACGGUAUCACCGCUCCCUCAGCAUCGAGCAGCACAGGCGACCUUACCAACUUUGCCCGCGGUAUUCCCUCCCUCCGCAUCGACACAAACUUGACCCAGCAACGCAGUCGCUCUCGUGCCCAGGCCCAGCGCGACCGCGAAGAUUCGAUCAGCAGCGCCAGCAGCGCCAGCACCGCCACCUCCGCUUCCAGCGCAGAUUUCAGCCAGUCGGACUCGGAGUUCGUGAGCGACAGUGAGAGCCGCGCCGCAUCGCGCGCGCACCGCCGAGGCACCGACGCCCGAGAAAUCUGGACCGGCGAUUUGAGCAGCGUGAUCGGACUCCAGAAGCGUGGUCUGCGCGGUCUGAUGGAAGGUCGUCGUAUACGCGAGCGCAGCGUCAAGCCACCCAGCACGAGCAGUGGUUCUACCUCUGUACCCUCAGCCGGGUCAGGAGAUCAUCUUCCGAUGCAGGGCGUGAGCGUUUGA